UACCAGCUACCGUCCGCUCACGUGCGUUCUUUCUCCAUUCUCUCUACCCUAACUCUGCAUUUCCCGGGUCGCUUCCUUUCUUCCUCCGUCCUCCACAACUUGCGACCGAACGACCCUCCUUCCGGCCGCCGCCAACUUCGCUGCCCUCUCCCGUAUCACCUCUUCUCUCGAGGCAAGAUGGAGGCCAAAUUCUUUCGGUUUCUAAAGAUUGUGGGAGUUGGGUUUAGAGCAAGAACUGAAUCAGAAGGCCACCGGUUGUUUUUGAAAUUGGGCUACAGUCAUGAAGUAGAGUUUGCUGUUCCUCCUGCUGUUCGUGCUUUCUGCUUUAAACCCAAUAUAAUUUGUUGUACUGGGAUAGACAAACAAAGGGUACACCAGUUUGCAGGUGCUGUUCGUAGCUGUAAGCCUCCUGAAGUCUACAAAGGCAAGGGAAUUCUGUACAUCGAUGAAGUAGUAAAGAAGAAGCAAGGAAAGAAGUCAAAGUGAAAGCGGAAAGAAAGGAAUUACCUUUCUUGUAAGCUUAUGCUGCUGAGUAGCACCACCAUGGAUCAAACCAUGUCAGGGACAAGGAUGGAAGAUCGCUGGUGCAUGAACUACUUGUUAUGACAUUAAAAUCCUUGAAUUUGAUUUCCUGAAAAAUCAUCCAGGGUGAUCCUUUUGGUGGGUCAACAUAUCUAAUUCCUGUUUGUUCUUUUGAGUUCCUUUCCAUGAUAUGUUUCUCAAGGUUCUGCUCCUGUAAAUUGUGGUAGUUCAGUAUGAAGAAAGGGUUACCACCUUCUUGGUC